AUGGCACCAUUAUUAAUUAAGCCUAAAUCGCUGAUGCGAGAGACCUAUGCGACUGGCAUACAGUGGAAGGAUACCGUAGCAGAAGAUUUACGCAACAAAUGGUACGCUGCCUUACAAGAGGUUAACGAUGUAUCGAUUACUGUACCUCGCCGCUUAUUGAGUGAACACAUUGCUCCUAAUAAAUCCUCACUCUGGGUAUUUGCUGAUGCAAGUAAGGUCGCCAUAGCAGUAUGCGCAUAUCUAAGGUGCGAACAGAACAAUCAGGUCAUGCAGUUGAUUAGCGACAAGACUAGACUUGCACCCAGAAGGACCUUUCAAACAAUACCGAGACUGGAACUGUAA